CUGGCCUCACCCAAAUCUUACCUGUCCACAACCGUCAAACAGACACAUCUGAAUGGAUGAAGCAAACACACCCACAUUCUUCAUCGCAACUGGCACCACAUAAAUAACAGACGUACACCCUCAUUAAACAGGAGUCAUUUUGAUCUCUGCACCAGGUACGUAGAAAAGGCUUUCAACCGCUCUUGUCAACAAGAAAAAAUGAGUGAUCCCAAAGAGGCGCAAGCUGAGGAUUUCUCAGGGGAGGAGGGCUCAGGAGAUGAGGGCUCAGGAGAGGAAAGCAAAGGCAAAGGGAGGGAAAAAUCAAAGGGAAGAGGCGGAGGUCGUGGAGGACGUGGAGGACAUGGAGGACAUGGAGGACAUGGAGGACAUGGAGGCGGUGAAGGAGGUCGCGGAGGCGGUGGCGGAGGUCGUGGAGGCAAAUGAGGUCCUGGCCGUGACUUAACCACCAUUCUUCGAUAAUGCUUGUCAAGAAUGAAAUAGAUCUCUAUCAAAUAAAUCAAGAAAAAGAAAA